UGCUAAGAGGUAUAUCAAGUCCAGUGCACGAGAUAACAAAAUGCAUCCACAUUGCCUUGCUGUGUGUUCAAGAAAGUGUCGCAGAUAGGCCAAAAAUGGUUGAAGGGUUCUUCAAAUGCUAAAUGACUUAUCUAUAAGUCUUCCAGAACCCCUAGCCCCUGGACUUUUUAUUCAUGGCAGCAUCAGUUCAGAGGCUUCAAGCCAGUUUACUAAAAAUGCGAAGUCAAUUAGUGAUCAAUAUCACAGGAAAAUGCAGAAGCAGAAGGCCAGAAGCUAUGCGAAGACUGUGGAAGAAUCUAGUUCGAGUGUUGAAAUUAGUCAAUAUGAAUUGAUUACCAUACAAAAUGGAACAAAUAACUUUUCUGAAGCAAACAAGCUAGGAAUAGGACGAUUUGGACCAGUAUACAAGGGAAAACUUGAAAAUGGACUAGAAUUUGUUGUGACAUGGUUAUCCAAAAAUACAGUGAAGGGUGGUCUAGAAUUUAAAAAUGAAGUGAAAUUAAUUGGUAGACUUCAGCACAAGAAUUUGGUGAGGCUACUUGGUUACUGCCAAGAAGGGGGAGAAAUGAUUCUUGUCUAUGAAUUUUUUUCCAAUGGCAACCUUUACGGAUUUUUAUUUGAUCCAGUUAAAUGUGGAUAUUUGAAUUGGGGGAGACGCUACAAAAUAAUAGAAGGCAUUGCCAAAGGACUUGUUUAUCUACACGAAGAUUCUCGUCUUCGCAUUGUUCAUUGCGAUGUUAAAGCUAGUAACAUUCUUUUAGAUGCAGAUUUAAACCCAAAAAUUGCUGACUUUGGCAUUGCAUUAUUGUUUACUUUAGACAAACCUCACUGUGGUGAUCAUGUGAGCAGAUAUGUGGCACCCGAAUAUAUAUCAACUAGUGAGCUUUCUGUUAAAUGCGACGUAUAUAGUUUUGGAGUGUUAGUCCUUGAAAUUAUAAGUGGACAAAAAUGGUUCAAUUUACGAAAUGAAGAAUCUACAGAACACUUUUCAAGUUAUGCUUGGAAACAAUGGACAAAGGGGACUUCUUCAAAUGUGAUAGAUCCAAUGUUGAGAGGCAUAUCAAGUCCAGUGGAUGAUAUAAUUAAAUGCAUACAAGUUGCUUUGCUGUGUGUUCAAGAAAAGGUUGAAGAUAGACCAACAAUGGGUGAAGUUCUUCAAAUGUUAAGUAACUUAUCUAUGAGCCUUCCAAUACCCUCAAUCCCUCUAUAUUUUAGUGAUAGCAAUGUAAGUUCAGAUGAUUUAGAGGCUUCAUUCAAUAAGUGGUGAUGAUGAGUAUCCCAAAUUGCUUCCGAAAUGAUACAAAACUUAUCAAUCCAAGCACAUACACACUGACAUAUCGCCCUUGCUUAUUGCGAUUAUUGAUAUAAUUUUGGUGUUGUAUUGUUUUCGAAUUCUGAUGUGUGUGUGUGUGUGUUGGGGAUAAUUCAGAUCCAUUUUUACA